UGCGCUGUCAAAUAUAUUUCUUUUCUCUACACGCUAGCUUCAGUGCACGUGUAUUUUUUCGGUUUUGCUCGAUAACCAAGCUAAAAUGGAUAAGCCUAACGUUCUUGCUCGCGUCGUCAAGGUAUUGGGUCGCACCGGGUCCCAGGGCCAAUGUACCCAAGUCAAAGUUGAGUUCAUUGGCGAGACCAGUCGCCAGAUCAUCAGAAAUGUGAAGGGGCCAGUGCGCGAUGGUGACAUUCUGACGCUCCUCGAGUCUGAACGUGAAGCUAGGAGGCUAAGAUAAACGAUGUGGUACAGGAGCGUAGGUUAAGUCACAUUAUAAUAACCAUUUAUAUUAUGUAUUCUUUAAGAAACCGUCAAAGAUGACCAUCUCUGUGAACAGCUCGUAAUAAAUUACCUAACUGUGUA